CGCAGUUCUCAGCCUUCCCUACCAAUGGAGCAGACCUCUAUGAGGAGCUCAAGAGCUCCACUGCCAUCCUGCCAACCGGCAGCCCCAGGUGGGUGCCCAGUGAGCUGUGCUGUGGUGAUGCCCCCAGUGUGCUCAAUGUUGUCCCAUUUGUCUCCAGCAGUUGUCACCAACCCCAGCCUGGCUGUGCCCAUUGAGAGCAGAGGUGACUUUUCAUGUCCUGUGGCUGUGAAGUCAGCUGGUCUCUGUCCCUUGAGGGAUGACACUGCCGUUGUUGUCCUUGCAAGAGCCUGCACAUCUCUUGGAAUUGGCUGUAUGUCUCAGUUCUAGACUAGAGAAUGUGCUGCCCUCAGCCUUCCCCUUGAGAAGAGAGUUAUGGAUCUGGGAGGGUUUGGAGUGAUGAUUUCCCAAGGCUGGGCAAAGAGAUGACUUGCUCUUUGUUGCCCAGGCUUAUUUCUCUUUCUCCAGUCUCCUUGUUGGCUUGUUACAGUGGGGAUGCAGAGAAACCCCAGAUGUUCAAACCUGGCUCCCAGGCUCUUUCCCAUCUCAGCAUGAUUCUCUUGCACUGCAGAGCUGCUGCAGCCCACCGUGUAUGGAGAGUCAGGGCUGGAGGGUGGGAGCAGAGCCCAUGUCUUCUUUGUGAAGUGGAUGAUAGCUUGGACCAGCUGCUGGACGCAGGGCUGUACACCGGGGAGGUGACAGAGCUGGCAGGAGCACCAGGCAGUGGGAAAACACAGGUGUGCCUCAGUAUCGCGGCCAGCGUGUCCCUCGGCCUCAGGCAGCACGUCGUCUUCCUCGACUCCACGGGGGGGUUCACUGCUUCCCGCCUCUACCAGAUGCUCCAGUCCCGGGUGGAGGACAAGGAGGAGCAGCUGGAGGCCCUGCAGCGGGUGCAGGUGAUCCGCGUGUUUGACAUCUACGAGAUGCUGCGUGCCCUGCAUGAAGUGCGGGACUGCCUCUCCCAACAGGUGGAGAGCUCGGCGGGGCCGCUCAAGGCAGUGCUCAUUGAUUCCGUGUCAGCCGUGCUGUCCCCGCUGCUGGGUGGCCAGCAGUCAGAGGGCUUGGCCAUCAUGAUGCAACUGGCCCGGGAGCUGAAGACAUUGGCCAAGGAGUUCAGCGUGGUGGUGCUGGUGACCAACCAGGUGACAAGGGACAGCAGCACCGGCGCUCUCAAGUCAGCACUUGGCCGCUCCUGGAGCUUCGUGCCCAGCACCCGUGUGCUGCUGCAGGGCAGAGCAGCGCCGUGGGAGGAGGGCACUGCUCCACACACUGCCUGCUUGGCCAAGUCACCGCGCCAGCCAACAGGGAUACAGGUGCAGCUGGAUAUUGGCAACAAUUAUGUGCAGAAACAGAGGCCAGCGACACCCACACCAUGACCCUGAUGGGGACAGAAAAGCAAAUGUCAAGGUCUGGGAGAGCUGUAAAAAAAACUAUGCAGACACAGCACAUACUGCCUCUGAGUCCCACAGCACAGAACAGUUCCUGUUCUUCUGCCUUGUGAGAAAACGUGUGUGGGGUUCCCUGGAGAGCUCUCUUGGCACAUGUGUGGUUGGCAUGGGGCAGGCAGGACCCCUCCUCUGCCACCAGUGGGGCUGUCCCAUCCUUGGCAUUGCAUUGGUUUGUGGUUUUGUUCCCACCUCAUAACUGCUGCCUUGGGCAGCCCAUGGUGCUCUUGGUUGAGAAAUAAAGGUGUUGCACACUGUUACAGUC